CGUGCCGCGCCGCCCGCUCCCCCUCGCUCCCCCUCGGCAGGAGAGGCCCAGGCCGGACGCUGCGGCGGCGCGGGGUGGGCGGUGGAGCGGCUGCCCGCUGCCGCGGGAGGUGGGCGGUGCGCGGGGGGCGGCGGUUCCGGGGCCCCGGCAUGGCCCGGGGGCGGGCGCGCCGCCGCCGCCCGGCCCCCUGAGGAGGCGCGGCGGGGCUGGCUGCCGGCCCGGCUCCGCGGGACAGGGGUCUGGCUCUCCUCCGGGCUCCCGGGCGCCCUGGGCGGGCCGCCAUGUCCGGAGCCAUGAAGUUCAACGGGUACCUGAAGGUGCGGAUUGGGGAGGCGGUGGGCCUGCAGCCCACCCGCUGGUCCCUGCGGCACUCGCUCUUCCGUAAGGGCUACCAGCUCCUGGACCCCUAUGUUACCGUCAGCGUGGACCAGGUGCGUGUAGGGCAGACCAGCAUCAAGCAGAAGACCAACAAACCCACCUACAACGAGGAGUUCUCCGCCACGGUUACCGACGGCCAUCAGAUCGAGCUCUCCGUCUUCCACGACACCCCGAUCGGCUACGAUGACUUUGUGGCCAACUGCACCUUGCACUUCCAGGACCUCUUGCGCUCUGCGGGCCCCAGCGACACCUUCGAAGGCUGGGUGGAUUUGGAGCCCGAAGGCAAAGUGUUUGUUGUCAUAACUCUUACAGGCAGUUUCACAGAAGGCACUCUCCAGAGGGAUCGAAUUUUUAAGAAUCUUACUCGGAAACGCCAGCGGGCGAUGCGAAGGCGAGUGCAUCAGGUGAACGGGCACAAAUUCAUGGCUACCUACCUGCGACAGCCAACGUACUGCUCACACUGCAGGGAGUUCAUCUGGGGCGUGUUUGGGAAGCAGGGAUACCAGUGCCAAGUAUGCACCUGUGUUGUACACAAGCGCUGCCAUCAUCUAAUUGUUACAGCUUGCACGUGCCAAAACAAUACUAAGAAGACUGAUCUCAAGCCUCAGGUGACUGAGCAGAGGUUUGGCAUCAACAUUCCUCAUAAGUUCAGCAUCCACACCUACAAAGUCCCGACUUUCUGUGACCACUGCGGUUCCUUGCUCUGGGGAAUCAUGCGACAGGGCUUACAGUGUAAAAUCUGUAAAAUGAACGUCCACAUCCGAUGCCAAGCAAACGUUGCGCCAAACUGUGGGGUGAACUCAGCAGAGCUUGCUAAAACCUUGGCAUGCAUGGGUCUGCAACCAGGAAGCAUUUCCCCAAAUUCGAAACUGGUUUCAAGAUCUACUUUGAGACAUCAGGGAAAAGGCAGUCUGAAAGCUGGCAACAACAUUAGUGAAAGUUCAGCGAGCAAGCUUGGGAUCAAAGACUUAAUCUUCCUGCGUGUACUGGGAAAGGGCAGUUUUGGAAAGGUGAUGCUUGCCAAGAUGAAAGAGAGUGGGCAGCUCUAUGCAGUGAAGGUGUUGAAGAAGGACGUCAUUCUCCAAGAUGAUGAUGUUGAAUGCACCAUGACAGAGAAACGCAUCCUUUCUUUAGCAAGGAACCACCCAUUCCUCACCAAGCUCUACUGUUGCUUCCAGACUCCUGAUCGCCUGUUCUUUGUGAUGGAGUUCGUAAAUGGCGGGGACUUGAUGUUCCAUAUUCAGAAGUCGCGUCGCUUCGAUGAAGAUCGGGCCCGGUUCUAUGCUGCAGAAAUUAUUUCAGCCCUUAUGUUUCUCCAUGAAAGAGGCAUCAUUUAUCGGGACUUGAAGCUGGAUAACGUGCUGCUGGAUCAUGAGGGUCACUGCAAGCUGGCAGACUUCGGAAUGUGCAAAGAGGGCAUUCACAAUGGCAUUACCACAGCCACCUUCUGCGGUACACCGGACUACAUCGCUCCAGAGAUCCUGCAGGAGAUGCUGUAUGGCCCUGACGUGGACUGGUGGGCCAUGGGUGUGCUGCUGUACGAGAUGCUGUGUGGCCAUGCGCCCUUUGAGGCAGAGAAUGAGGAUGACCUCUUCGAGGCCAUUCUGAAUGAUGAAGUUGUCUAUCCGACAUGGCUCCAGCAGGAUGCAGUGGCAAUCCUCAAAGCAUUCAUGACAAAGAACCCCAACAUGCGGCUGGGCAGCCUGGGGCUGGGCGGCGAGAGUGCGAUUCUGCGGCACCCCUACUUCAAAGAUCUGGACUGGGACCUGCUGAACCAGCGUCAGAUGGAGCCACCAUUCAGGCCUCGAAUUAAAUCCAAAGAUGAUGUGAGCAACUUUGAUCCAGAUUUUAUAAAAGAGGAGCCCAUUCUGACUCCCAUUGAAGAAGGAAUUCUUCCAAUGAUAAACCAAGAUGAAUUUAGAAACUUUUCAUUCACAAGCCCAGAACUGCAGGAAUAGCUACGGCUCUGGGAAAGGGCUGCUGAGAGGACUGGGGGGAAAUGAAAUGAAAACUACGUUUACCAGAAAUUUCAUUCUCGAGGAAUAACAGUGCACUGACUUUACACGAUACAGCAGCACCACUUUCAGCAUUACCUUAAUGUGAAAUUGAAACCUUCUCGUGUUUGUAGGAUUUAUGCAGCUCUUGGAUCAAAUAUUGACGGGGGUUGUUCAAACGUGAUAUUGUAAAUAGCUGAUGCAGACAGAGAAUUGAAUGCUGAGCUGGUCGGCUCAGCCUGAAUGUCACCGCUUGCAGUGGAUUCAAGGAGUAGGCAUGAGCAUGAAACAAGUGUCUUGCAGCUCUGAGCCAAACAGACUUGUUACAGUUCUAAUUGUUUGCAAGACUAUUUGGAGGAGUCCCAGCACUGUCCAGUGUUUUGGCAUUGUGAUCCAGCAUCACAUGGCCUGACUGAACCAGAUGUUCCUACUGAUUUUACCUGUUCCUGCAGUAUUUAUUUCUUUCUGAAGGACAAAUGGCUCUCUUUGCCACUGUUUGGGUUUCCAUGUGAAAUAUUUCAUUGUGCUGACUAGCAGAAGGAAAAAAAAAACAAAUGCCCUGUGCCCCACACAGAUUCUUCCAAAUCAAAGGGAGGUCACGUGCUCGUAGUGUUUUACCGUUCGUGCGAUAUGAAAAGUUUUAGUGUUUGCAUUCUGUGAAAUGCCUUUUUACAUCACGCAUCUUCAAUGCUCCUUUCUUUGCCUCCCAGCUGUUUUCAACUAUAACGUAACUUGUAAAACCUUACUGUUUAUUUAGACCCUUUCUAUUUAAUUAUGCUAUACAGAGCCCCUUUUGUGGGUAUAGUGCCUCAUUAAAAUUUUGAUCCAAAGUGGUAGCGCUUAAAUUAUUUGUAGCAUUAUUGCAAUGGGAGCCAUAGGGCUGGCAGACUGCUUGAAAGCAGAGUUGUCAGCCAACAGGUGACACAAAAGGACAGCUUUCUGCCAUGAGAACAAUAAACAUUAUCUAAGAAACAGGA